AAAGCUUCAUUAAACCCUUCUUUGUUUGGUAGAGUGUGGUACAAAGCUCACGCAGAGCGGCGCCAUAGCCAUAAGCAUUGCCUGCCAAUGUCACUGCGCGAGGAGCGCGAACGAGCACACACUGUGUAACCCUUCAUUGGCAAAUUAAGUAUCAACCAAAGUUUAGUUUUACUCCGAACUUCAAACCCAAAUCCCCAAAAUCUCUUGAAUUUUCCCCAUUUCAAUUUUCAAAUCGAGGGAAAACGACAAAACCCAACGGCAACGGGAGAUCGAGUAUGGUUUCUUAUGUGAAUGUGUUACUCUAUGGCGUCGGAGGCUUGGUGGUCGCUGGAAUGGCGUUACUGGUUGCUUUCCAGGAGAGAUUGGUUUAUGUGCCGGUUCUUCCGGGGCUUACUAAAUCGUACGCGAUUAACCCAUCUCGGCUUCGGCUUGUUUAUGAAGAUGUGUGGCUUCGAUCUUCUGAUGGUGUCCGCCUUCACUCAUGGUUCAUCAAACUCUUCCCCGAUUGCCGAGGUCCCACCAUCCUUUUUUUCCAAGAGAAUGCUGGAAACAUUGCCCAUCGUCUCGAAAUGGUCCACAUCAUGAUACAAAAGUUACAGUGCAAUGUGUUCAUGCUUUCUUACAGAGGUUAUGGAGCAAGUGAUGGCUAUCCAUCUCAGCUUGGAAUUACUAGAGAUGCUCAGGCUGCAUUGGAUCAUCUUUCUCAAAGGACUGAUAUCGACACGUCUAGAAUAAUAGUGUUCGGAAGAUCACUCGGGGGUGCUGUUGGAUCAGUUCUUACCAAAAACAACCCCGAUAAGGUUGCUGCAUUGAUAUUAGAAAAUACUUUUACAUCAAUUUUGGAUAUGGCUGGAGUUUUGCUACCCUUUCUGAAAUGGUUUAUUGGAGGCCCUGGUUCAAAAGGUCCCAAGGUUCUCAAUUUUCUUGUGCGUUCUCCAUGGAUCACCAUUGACGUAGUUGGUAAGAUUAAGCAGCCAAUUCUUUUCUUAUCUGGAUUACAAGAUGAGAUGGUUCCCCCAGUCCACAUGCAGAGGCUGUACGCCAAAGCAGCUGCUCAUAAUAACCGUUGUCUCUUUGUCGAUUUUCUCUCCGGUAUGCAUAUGGACACUUGGGUAGCUGGUGGCGAUCAUUACUGGAGAACAAUACAGCAGUUCCUUGAUCAAAACGUACCGGAGAACGGAGAACGUGAACCAUCAGGCGACGACAAAGCCUUUGGCACCAGAUGAGUUGCUGGCAAAUGGGGCUUAGAACUACAUUGAUUUGGUCUUCUUCUCCAAAUUGAUCGUAAGAAGUUGGCUGCAGUUCAGGCUUCUCAGAGCAAACGGAAUGUGCUGCAGUAGUAAUGAAACAUUAACUCGGAGGCUCCUUCUUUCCACCCUCUCUCUCUCUCUCUCUCUCUCUCUCUAUAUAUAUAUAUAUAUAUCUCUCUCUCUCUAUAUAUAUAUGCAUGCAUGCAUGUAUGUAUGUAUGUAUGGCAGAGAGUCAGAGUGCCAUUUGAUAUGAA